UCCGGGCUUGGCAUCGGCUUCAACUCUGAGGCUCAAACUUCCGACCUCACAACCAACAGCAUUCACACCAGUCGACAUUCAACCACGCUAAAAAAAAAAAUGGCUCCCCAAAAUUCGAGUCCUGUUGCAGCUGUCGAGGCCCAGUUGAAGGCCAUCGUUCAGAACCUCUAUGUCCUCAUAGUCCAGGUAGUGGACCAUGCUGGCGCAUCAACGCAGAAUGCUAUGAAAGCAGAAAUACAGUCUUUGGUGCAAAAUAUGGUCCGGCUGUCACAAACUGCUCCCUCGGUCAAUAUCAACAUCCCGCCCGAAGUGACUAGCUACGUGGAAGGCUCCCGCAACCCAGAUAUUUUCACUAGGGAGUUUGUGGAGACUGUGCAACGCAUGAACCAAAUGCUCAAAGGCCGCACAGAGGCGUACCGUUUGUUGCAAGAAACGCUCGCCAGAGACUUGAUCGACGGUAUCCCAGACUUGAAAGAUGACAUUACCAAGACCGUUGAAGCGAGUGGGGGUAAAGUGCCUCCUCCCAAGGCUUCCGCUGCCUGA